AUGGUAUUACUUAAAUAAAUUGCAUUUUUUUCUUUAAUUUUACAAUUAUUCAGUCUUUCGCUGGUUUAUUAGACUUUGCGAGGAAAGACAUCGAUGUCCCGUCUACCGCUCCAAAAGAACUGCUCCGCGGAAAGCACUCGGCCUUCAUCCAACAUUAUGAGUCAGCCAAGGAUUCCUAUGUAAAUGCUUGUUUUUAAAAAUGCAUUCUACAAAAAUAUUUUUUUAGGAAUAUAUCAUGGCUGAGCACAUUAGAGUGAGCGGAAUUUUCUGGUGCCUCUCAGCUAUGGAUAUAAUGAACGAGGUUUCGAAAUUUUAUGAAAAAAGUGACUCCAAAUGGUUCCAGGUCGAUAAAAUGUCGAAAGACAAAAUAAUCGAGUACAUUGCUGAGUGCAGAAAUCCAGAUGGCGGUUAUGGUCCGGCCCCAAGGAAUGAUAGUCACAUUUUGCACACUCUCAGUGCUGUUCAAGUAUCAAAUACAUAUAAAAAUGAAUGAAACUGGGAUUCUUCUUGAGAUUUUGAUGAUUUUCGAAGCUCUGGGGAAGGCGGAUAUCGAUGAAAUAGCCAGAUACGUCAAGUCUCUGCAAAAUGAAGACGGCAGUUUUGUUGGUGACAAAGCAGGUUUUGAAGAAUUUUUUUCUCUUGUUCCGAAAGUUCGAAAAUUGUUUAUUUCGGUCUUUUUUUAAUGAUUUUUCUUUUUAAUAAAAAAAAGCUUUUCAUUCGUAACAAGUUUUGCAGUGAUCCACAAGAAGUGUUUAUUAUUUCCGUGAUUUUAUUGGUUCAAUUUGAGAUUUUCUUGUAAAUAUUAUUUUAGAAGGAAGUGGAAAUGAUUUAAAAAAAUACAAUUUUUUUAAUAAGGUUAGAAAAUUUAUUUCUACUUAAUAAUUUCAGAUUGGUCCCUGUAGGGGUCACUAAGGUUUCUAAAAGUGGUUCCUAUAGGGGUUUUAAAAAGUGGUCUCUAUAUGGAACAUGUUAGUCGAUCAUUUGUAUGAACUAUGCGAAGAAGCAUUUCCAUAAGAAAGCAUUUUUUGAAUAAAAUCGAAAGACCUAUAGGGACCACUUUGGCUUUAUGGGCUAAGGGGUCAGACUUUAAAACCCUAUAGGGUUCACCUUGUUUUUACCCCUAUAGGGAUCACUUUUCGUCCCCUAUAGGGGCUGUUUUUCUCCCCGAAGCCCUAUGGGCAGAGCUGUUCUCGGGGCGGCCUCGGUCGACCGAGGGCGCCCCGAUUCGCGGCGUGUUCGAGGGCGGCCGCGGUCGGCCUUUGGUAAGGGUCAACUCGGUCGACCCGUAGAUACAAAUUUUUUUUUGACUCCCGGUUUUUUGCGAAUUAUAAGAAAGCGAAAGAAGCGCAAGUUUUACUGAAAUGAAAGUGAAACAAAAAAAACAUUUUUAUCGAGCACAUAAAGAAGAAAAACCGAUGAAAUGAGAUAUUAAUCCAAAAAUUCAAUAGUUUUCUAAGUGGCCAGAACAAUUUACAGAACUAGAGAAAAACAAAAUAAUAAAUAAGAAAUAAUUUGAAAUUUUCACAUCAUCAGAAUUUCAUUUUUCGCAAAAAAAUUGAUUCAAACCUCUAUUUGAAAUAUUACAACGAGAAAAAAACGAAAAAAAGAUUCGAAAAAAAGUGAAAUCAAAUUUCUAUCAAAAAAACAAUAAAAUUAAACUUUUUCAUGGAUCAUAAAUAACUUAAACAUUCAUUUUUCAAUAUGAAAAAAACUGAAAUAAAAAAACAAAAAAAUACGGAAAAAUCCUCGCGCUCGCUUCGGGGGCCUGAAUGAAAACCGUUUCGCGGGCCGGGGCGCUCAGGGGCGCGUCGCGGUCGGGUCGGGGCGGCCUCGGCCAGGGUCGCCCCGACUUGAGAACAGCUCUGCCUAUAGGGAUCACUCUCAAUCUCCCAAGUACCCUGGAUUUUCACCUGUUUGAAUCUUUUUUUUAGGAGAAGUGGACACGAGGUUCACAUUCUGCAGUCUGGCAACCCUUCACCUCAUCGGAAGGCUCGAAGUCGUGGAUUUGGACGCCGCCAUAGCUUUCGUCAUGCGUUGCUACAAUUCCGACGGCGGGUUCGGUACAAGACCUGGUUCUGAAAGUCACGCCGGACAAGUUGGAUUCAGUUUAUUGAAAAUCUGAAAAUGAUGUUUUCAAUAGGUUUAUUGUUGUGUUGGAAGCUUGGCUGUGGCCGGGAGGUUAGACGAUAUUGACCGCGAUAGGACAGCUCAAUGGCUGGCUUUCCGUCAAUGCGAUAGCGGUGGUUUGAAUGGUAGGUUCUAUCAGAAAUAUGAUUCGAAAAAACUCGGAAAAAUUAUUUUUGAAAGAAACUGGAAAAAAUACCGGUUUGGAAAACUGAUUUUUCUGAAAAUCACGUUCCUGAGGCCUAGAAAUCCAUGAAGAAAGUUUUUAAUCAGAUGUUCAGGUCUUAAAAGAUACUAGAUUCUCCGCUGAAUCAAAAAAUACGCUUUUCGGCCGGUUUUAUCCCGAUUUUGUCCCGAAAAAAUUGGUUUGAAGUAGCGACUUUCCUGAUGAUCACGUCCCUAGGUCAAAAAAAUGCAUUAAGAAAAAUAUUUUUUUCGGAACUUUAAAUGUUAAGGUCUCGAAAAAUACUAGAUUUUUCACUAAAUCAAAUAAUACUCUUGACGCUCAUCAGUCUCCCGAAUUUUUCCCGAAAAAACUGCUAAUACCGACUUUCCUUCGCUCGGUUAAAAAAUGCAUUAGGAAAAUUUUUUCGGAACUUCAAAUGAUAAGGUCUUGAAAAAUACUAGAUUUUUCGCUGAUUUCGAAAAUAUCUUUCACGCCCGUUAUUCUCCCGAUUUUGUCCCGAAAAAACCGCUUUGAAAUAUCGACUUUCCUGAAAAUUAUGUACGUCCCUCGGCCAAAAAACGCAUCAAAAUAAUUUUCUGAGACCUCCAAGUUUCAAAAUCUUACAAAAUACCAAGUUUUUUGCUGGUUCCAAAAACAUCCAAUACACCAGUCAUACUCCUCAAUUUGGCCCAAAAAAAUCGCUCUGAAUUACCAAUUUUCCGAACAAUCACUAGGUUUUGAAAAACACUAGAUUUUUUUGCUGAUUUCAAAAAUACGCUAUCCGAUCGUUAUUAUCCCGGUUUUGUCCCGAAAUUUUUUUUUUUGAAAUACCGACUUUCCUGACGACCACGUUCCUUUGUCUGAAAGUUUUUUUCCUACAUUUUCUAGAAAAAUAUAUAAAAAUUGAUUCGUUUAGAGUGAAUAGCGGAAUGAAAAAUGUUAAAUUUUCUCAAAAAAAAUCUAGGAAUUACCGCGUUCUCAUCACUAUUGAACAUACGUCGGCUGGACCGGGUGCGCCCUACCGCCCGAAAAGUGCGCCAUACCCCCCGAAAAGUACGCCCUACCCUCCGAAAAGUGCGCCUUACCCCCCGAAAAGUGCGUCAUACCCUCCGAAAAGUGCGCCAUACCCUCCGAAAAGUGCGCCAUACCCCUCGAAAAGGGCGCCAUACCCCCGUAAAGUGCGCCCUACACGCCGAAAAAGUGCGCCCUACCCCCCCUCCCCCAAAAGUGCGCCUUACCCCUCGAAAAGUGCGCCUUACCCCUCGAAAAGGGCGCCAUACCCUCCGAAAUUUCGAGCGCAAAAGCCUGGGGUGGGAUCCAGCCGAUGUAUGUUAUUGUAAAAACGAUCAAAAAUUUUGCUUAAAAGCUCCAGUCAAAAGAAAAUUAUUUUUUUUUGUGUAGGACGACCCGAAAAGCUCCCGGAUGUGUGUUAUUCUUGGUGGGUCUUGUCAUCUUUGGCGAUUCUGCGGCGACUUGAUUUUAUUGAUGAGGUUUAGAAAAGUCAAUGAAGGUUCCCAUAAUUGGAAAUUUCAGGACAGAAUGAAACGUUUCAUUUUCGCGUGUCAGGAUGACGAAACUGGUGGGUUUGCUGAUCGACCUGGAGACUAUGUGAGUCAUUCUCAAAAAACGUUCCUUUCGCCCGGAUCACUGUUUCACUGGUUUUUUUAAAGGAUUUUCCCAAAUUGAUCGCAUUUUCGUUUUUAUUUAGUAUUUCUCGCUGUGAAAAAAAAAUUUUGUACUGCUUUUUAAUUAUAAAAAAAUUGAAUUCUCUCGAUUUUUUUAAAAAGAAAAAUUUUUUUAGGUGGAUUAGUAGAUGGAAAUAUUAAUAUAUUUAAAAAUGAGAUAAUCUAAAAAAAUAAUCUAGGUGGGGAUUUAAAAAACCUCAGAUUUUCUCAUUAGAUUUCAUAACGAAAAAAUGAACUCAAAAAAAUUGAUGGUUUUUUUCAUUUUUGCUUUUUCUUGAAACGUUUCUGGUUCAGCGUAGAAAACAAAUCUCAAAAAUUUGAACUGAAAAAAUGUUUUUUGAAAAUUUUCUCAGUAUCCAUUUUAUUCUCAAUUUGUUGAGAAUGAUUUCUCCUUCAUAUAAAAACCUGUUCCAGAAUCUUUUUCUGAGAUUAUUUUAGAAGAAAUGUACAGUUUUAAAAGCUUGAUCUUACCGUCAUUCUUUUCGAGACUGUUUUCCGUAGAAUUUUUUUUUUCCCGUAAAAAUUUUCCUUUUAUGGUGACAAAGGCUUCUUUUUUGCCGCCUGUUCGCGCCAUUUUAUCAGCUUCUAUGCACCAUUUUUGCUGCCUCUCUCUUUUUCCACCAUUUCUGGAGCCUUUAAAGUAGAAACACUGAAAAUCUCGAUAAAGGGACUCUUUUUGCUGCCUUUUUUGAGCCUAUCCCUUUUAGCGGCCAAUAUCUACAAUUCCAACUUUGCCCGACUUAUGAAGAAAAAAGACUACGAUGUAAUCUUAGAAAAAGAAGGAGAAAAUUUUCAGCCCGACCCUUUCCACACGGUUUUCGGCAUCGCCGCUCUGUCUUUGUUCGGAGACGAUUCUUUGGCCCCCGUUGAUCCCGUUUUUUGCAUGGCUGCCAGAAGAAUCGGAGACAAGGCUCUUCUUUAA